CACACGAGCGACCGAGUCGCGCGACUGAGACGCGCGACUCGGUCGCCGGGAAAUCGCUUGCCAUAAGAUAGCAUGGGCGUGGGUGAGAACCUGGCACACGGGCGACUGAGCGCGUCUCCAUCGCGCGUCUGUCGCCAGCAGACGCGAAUCCCCGCGACAGAUCGCGGCGACCAGUCGUGCGGGAGCCUUGCACACGGGCGACUUUUAGCCGCGCGUCCGAGCGACUGUCGGUCAGUAUCUGGUUGUAUGUGCUGGCGAGGAAGAUGGCGUUCGAUUGUGACCGUUUUAUAAUCGAAAUAGAAUCAAGGCCAGCUAUUUGGGAUUCCAGAUGUGAUGAGUAUGCUAACAAAUGCAAAAAGGGAAAGGCAUGGGAAGAGGUGUGCGAUAUGUUCGUUGAGAACUUCAAAGCCAUGGAUAGCGUCCAUAAAAAUAAAGCAGCUGCAGAUCUGCAACGGAAAUGGAAGAAUCUACGUGACUGUUUCAGAAGAGAACUGGCUAAACAGAGGAAUUGUAAAUCAGGUUCUGCAGCAGAUGGCAGGAAACAAUAUAUAUAUUUCCAGCAGUUAACUUUCCUAUUGCCAGUAUGCGACACCAAACCUACAACAGAAGAAUCUCCAGACUUGCACACGCAAGCCACACCCGCAGCAGCUACAUCUACGGCACCUACUUCUCUUAAAAGAAAAAAACCGUCACCAGAAACAGAAGAACUUGAGCUACUUCAGUCGCUUAGAAGAAAUAUGGAAAAACGACAUGCAGGUAGAGAAGAAGAAGACAGUGACAGGCAUUUCUUGUUGAGUCUUUUGCCGUACUUCAAACGUCUGCCAGACGAUAUGAAACUUGAAAUUCAAAGCGACUUUUUAAACACCUUAAGAAGUAUCUCUGGCGACAGCGGGGGAAUUUCCGCCUCUCUCGCGGGGCAGCCGCGCUCCGGAAGGUUGGCAGGCCCGCGCCGCGGCGCGGGGGGCCAAUGGGAGCGCUGCCCGAGGCGUGGCCUCGCGCGCAAGAUGGCCCCCGGCGCGGGAGGAAAAACAAUUGCCUGCCGCUCGACCGGAGCGCCCCUGGCGGCGAAGCGGGGAAGCUCGGCGGACGGAAGCCCGGUCGACGCAGGCAGGGCUGACAAGUCAAGUUUCUUCCUCGCCCGGGCUGAGGAGGCCGGCUGUUAG